AUGCCUUUCGUCAAAGAUUUCAAACCUGUCGCUUUGCGAGACACUAAUUUAUUCAAGCCAAUCAAAAUUGGCAGCAUCGAAGUCAGCCAUAGAGUAGUUAUGGCACCACUGACCAGAAUGAGGGCUCACCACCCAGGUAAUGUUCCCAAUAAGGACUGGUCACUGGAGUAUUAUGAUCAACGUUCACGUAGACCCGGUACCUUGAUUAUCACCGAAGCCACAUUUAUUUCUCCUCAAGCUGGAGGCUAUGACAAUGCUCCCGGUAUCUGGGCUCCAGAACAAAUCGAACAAUGGAAGAAGAUUUUCACGAAGAUCCACGACAAUAAAGCUUUCGUUUUUGUUCAAUUGUGGAAUUUGGGCUGGCAAGCUGACCCGGCUGUUAUGGCUAGAGAUGGUCUUCGUUAUGAUACUGCCUCUGAUGGGGUCUACAUGGAUGAAACAAAAAGGGCAGAAGCUGAGAAAGCUGGUAUCAAGCCACACGGUAUCACAAAAGAAGAAAUCAAACAAUACAUUCAAGAUUAUGUUCAAGCUGCGAAAAAUGCUAUUGACGCUGGCGCAGAUGGUGUCGAAAUUCAUAAUGCCGGUGGCUAUUUGUUAAACCAAUUUUUGGAUUCUGUUUCAAACAAGAGAACCGAUGAAUAUGGCGGUUCUGUUGAAAACAGAGCUCGAUUUGCUCUACAAGUUGUUGAUGCUUUAAUUGAAGCAGUUGGGCCUGAGAAAGUUUCUAUUAGAUUUACCCCAUUUGGCACAUAUGGUGGAAUGGGUGGAGCUGCUGAUCCGUUUAAUCUAUCCAACCAUGCAUAUAUAUUAGCUGAGCUGGAAAAGAGAGCCAUGAAUGGUAAAAGAUUAGCUUAUGUACAUCUUGUUGAACCGCGUGUUUUGAACCCAUUUUUAAACGAAGGCGAAGGUGCCGAUAACGACAGCAGUAACGAAUUCGCCUAUUCCAUUUGGAAAGGCCCUAUUAUUAGAGCCGGAAAUUUAGCUUUGCAUCCAGAAGUUGCUGAGAAGAUGAUUUCUGAUGCUAGAACGCUUAUUGCUUAUGGUAGAUUUUUCAUAGCAAAUCCAGAUUUAGUAGAUCGUCUUGAAAAAGGCCUACCAUUCAACAAAUAUGACAGAAGCACUUUUUACUCUAUGAAAUCGGAGGGGUACUUGGAUUAUCCAACACACUCUGAAGCUCUUAAACUAGGUCGGACUGCGGUUUGA